GGUACCUCGCUAAAAGCAACCCACUCCCAAAACGAAGCAACGCCCCGUCGUCACCUGCUGUGAUUGAGGCUGCUUGCCAACCACAGGCCACGCGAAACAUCACCAUGACCGAAAGUCUGCAGAGUACGCAGAGGUAGCCCACCCGGAAACUCAAUUCCUAUCCAGUAUGAGAUUAUCGGCACAUCGUACAUCCGCAGGCCACGCAACAUGGCUUUCACGGGUCUCCUUGGCAUCCCGGGCGACCGCGCGAUGAAACCAAAGAGUCCGCCCAAGACUACGCCUUCGAAGAGCACAUCCUCGAAGAGCGCAUCCUCGAAGAGCACGGCAUUGCAGCCUUCGACGACGUCGGUUCCCGAGCCAAAGUCGACGAGCACGCCCGAGCAUAUCGCAACAGAAUCUGAGCUGCGGCCUCUCGACCCCGAACAGCCAGACCUUCGUGAGCUGAACGCCUGCUUAGAAGCCCUCGCCGCUGUCUUCCCCGACAUCCAGAUACAGGUUUUCCGGGAUAUGCUCGCCAGUUUUGAUGGUGAAUCGAGGCUUGCUCUGGUCGCCGACGCUCUGCUGAAGAAUCGGGUUUCGUGGGUCAAGGGCCGAUGGAGGGUCGCUCCGAAGGACGACCAGCCAGCGGAAGAAUUGGUCCCCAAGAAGGAGACAUUCAGGAGCCCGGAAUACAAACAGGCCGUGAAGAACCUCGCUUGGCACGAAUUCAAGGGCCUCUCGCGCUCGGCCAUCAACGCCGUCCUGGCCGAACACAAUUACUCGUACCUCGACGCCCGCCAAACGCUAGUCGACCUGUCAUCCAAGUCCUGGCGCUUCACCAUCUCUUCGCUGUUUCUACGGAGGAAGCCGGUGACGGCCACGGAGGCAGAGAACCACCCCCUAAUCAUCUGGAAGUCGACCGGUCGGGCUUCGAUCGUGCCCACCCUCAAAUCGACAGGCAAUGCCGAGCUCGACCGGGAGCUCUUUGAAGCACUCGUUAAGCCACUGACGGAACGCGCCCGGGCCGAUCGCGAGGCCAAAGACCGCCAGACGGCGAUGGAGCUGAACAAGGCGGAGGCGGAGGCGACCGGCAGCAUGAUUGAGUGUGCCUGCUGCUUCGCCGAGUCGGCUUUUGAGGAGUUCACAUCGUGCAACGCCGACGGCCACAUGAUCUGCUUCCGGUGCGUGCAACACUGCAUAUCGGAGGCCGUGUUUGGGCAGGCCUGGCAGCGGAGCAUCGUCAAGGAGACGGGCAGCCUCCGGUGCCCGGCCGCCGAGUCGACCGAGUGCCAAGGCUGCAUCUCUCCCGAUCACAUCCACCGGGCCAUGCUCCAGGAGAGGAACGGCGCCGAGGUCCUGCGCCAGCUGGAGCGGCGCCUCGCGGACCACAACCUCGUGGCGAGCAACCUCCCACUGGUCCGCUGCCCGUUUUGCGGCUACGCCGAGGUCGACGACAUCUAUCUGCCCGUUAGCGAAUCGGACCUGCGCCUCCGAACGGAGAGCGUCAAUACCUUUGUGCUGUGCACCAUCUGCUUCUGCUGCCUGCCCUUUCUCUUGCCGCUCAUCCUUUUCGGCUACCUGCUCGCCUUCGUCUUGUUCGUCACCGUUCUGGUCCGCUCUAAACGGACGUUUGGCGACGAGCUGAUGACGGAGAUGCGCGCGGCCAUCGUCCGCCGGCGCCGGCGCCGGCGCGGUCUCCGCUUCAACUGCAUGAACCCGGAGUGCCGGCGGGCGUCGUGCCUGGCGUGCGAGAAGGCGUGGACGGACGUUCACGUGUGCAACGAGUCGUCGCUCGUGGCGCUGCGCACCCAGGUCGAGCAGGCCAUGAGCAUGGCGGUCAAGCGCGUGUGCCCCCGCUGCAACAUGUCGUUCGUCAAGAACUCGGGCUGCAACAAGCUGACCUGUCCCUGCGGUUACCAGAUGUGCUACGUCUGCCGCAAGGACAUCGGCGGCGUCGGCGAGGGAGCCGACAACGGGUACCAGCACUUCUGCCAGCACUUUCGGCCGCACGGCGACGGCAGGAAGUGUACCGAGUGCACACGGUGCAACCUGUGGGAGACGGAGAACGAGGAGGAGGUGCUGCGCCGGGCCAAGGAGGAGGCCGAGCGCAAGUGGAGCGCGGCAGAGAAGAGAGAAUUGUCGGGGGCCGACAUGAGGUAUCUAGAGACGGGCCUGCCCUCUCAACCACCGGUCAAAAGCAUUACCGCGACGUUGCGCGAGGGAAAGUGGCCGACGUUGGCCGAGGUUUGUGACGUGAUAAUCGAUAUCGUCUUUGUUUGAUGGGUACAAGGAAGGCAACGGAAGGAGGAAGAAGAAGAAGAAGGAGAAAGGUGGCAGGCAACAUGAGCAGAGUCGGUAUGGAACAGACUCUGAAUUUUGACAUGGGCGCGUACUUGUAGGGAUGGCAAUACCCAAGAGAAGGCUUCUUAUGGCCUGACAGUAGUUUCAGUAGUUUCACCGAGUAAUACGUUAAUGGACCAGACAUAACCAUCUUGUCA